GUGGAUGCUUUACAAAGAGAAAUUGCUCUUUUGAAAGAACUGCAACAUGAAAAUAUCGUUCAAUAUCUUGGUUGUCAACGUGAUGAUGAAACAUUAAAUAUUUUCUUGGAAUAUGUACCCGGUGGAUCUGUUACAACAAUACUUAAUAACUAUGGCGCAUUGGAAGAGCCUUUAGUUAGGUCAUUUGUCCGACAAAUUUUACAAGGGUUAGAGUAUUUGCAUGGAAAAGACAUCAUACAUCGUGAUAUUAAAGGGGCUAAUGUUUUAGUGGAUAACAAAGGAAGAAUAAAAAUAUCAGAUUUUGGAAUAUCCAAAAAAGUAGAAGACCAGAUCAGGGCAUCAAUAUCAGUGCAUCGACCAUCGUUGCAAGGAUCUAUUUUUUGGAUGGCACCAGAAGUUAUAAAACAAACAGCUUAUACAAGUAAAGCUGAUAUAUGGAGUUUAGGGUGUCUAAUUGUUGAAAUGUUUACAAGAAAUCAUCCCUUCCCGGAGUUUAAUCAAAUGCAAGCAAUGUUCAAGAUUGGUACGCAAUCAUGUGCACCAGAAAUUCCGGAAAAUAUAUCUGAUGAAGCAAAAGAUUUCUUGAAAAAAACAUUUGAACCGAAUCAUAAUGAUCGACCAACAGCAAAUGAACUUUCGACACAUCCAUUUGCAGUUUCUAACUAA